AUGGAAGUUUAUGCGACAGUAAUAACGGGUUUCGAAAAAGUGGCAGCCAAAGAAAUCAGCUCGAAAAUUGAAAAUGUUCGAAAUUGUCAACCAUAUCGAGGAAAUGUCAGAUUCACUUUGGAAAAAGAUUCACCAUCUGAAACUCUGAAAAAUGUGCUGAAAAUGAGAUCUGUCGAUAAUUUUUAUGUGGUUUUUUAUGAAAAUGUUAUUGAGGGACUCGGAAAAAUGGAGAAGGAGGUGAGUUUUUAAUUUUGUACACUUUGCCACGUCAUAACACUUUCAACUUCGAAGAUUUAAUUUUCAGAAAGCCGUCAAAACUCUUCAAAAUGAAAUCUCAUUCAUGAAUUGGAAAAUUGCUAUUGAAGCCUGGCAAGCUGCCAACGGAAAAUCGAUUUUUGGAGGAACUGAUUUAAUUGUAGAGCAGAUGCGCAAUUUCAUGAAAACUGGAAUAAAUGCUGAAGUUACAGAAAAUUCGCCGAGUUUUAGGUAGUUUUGCCACCUCAUAGUUAAUCGUAAGAUCAAAAAGCUGAAACUUCCUUGAAAAAAGUUCCAAACCCGAAAUUGCUUCAGAGUGACGUGCAAAAGAGCUGGCGAUAAAAGUGCUCAUCAAUUUUCAUCAAUGGACGCCGCUUGGAAAUUUGGUGGACAAAUCAAUAAUGUUUUUGGGUGGAGGACGAGUAUGAAACAAUUUGAUAUUGAAAUUGUAAUGAGGAUUGAGAGGGAUUCGGUAGGGAUUUGAAGGGAAUUUUUGAAAAAAAAUAUUUAAUCUGAAAAUUAAUUUUAAAGAAUUAAAUUCAAGGAAUUUUUUCAAAAUAAGUAAAAUUUCUAGAAUUGAAAGAUUAUUUUGAAAAGAUAAAUUCUUAAAUCAGUUCAAGAAAUUAUUUUUUCCUGAAAAACCAAUCGAUUCCUUCAUCCAAACUUAUCCACAUUUUCCUCAAUUUCAGAUUCUUGUAAUGAUAGCCCUCAACAAUGAAUCCCUCUUUAAACGAAAUAUAUCAGCAUAUGGUCCAACAACAAUGCGUGCAACAAUGUGUUAUUCAAUGAUAUCAAUAGCUGAUCCAAAACCAGGAGAACUGAUAAUUGAUCCAAUGUGUGGAGGUGGAUCCAUUCCGAUUGAAGGAGCUUGUGCUUUUUCGGACUCAUUUUUUAUUGGAGGAGAUAAUCAUGUUUUGGCGUUGGAACGGUGUUUUGCCAAUUUGGUAGGAAAUUUCCGAAUUGAAUAAUGCUUGAAAAAAUUAAAAAUCAAAUUUUGGAAAAUAGAAUUGAUAAUUUUCAAAUUUUUCGAUUCGAUUUUCGUUUGGAAAAAUCUCGAAUUUUACGUGAGCUGUUUCCAGUAAAUUAUACGUUUUAGAAUUUUUAGAUCUUUCGGAUUUCAUUUUUUCGAACACUCAAGCUUCCACAGUCUGAUUUAAAAAAACAAGAAAUCUUUCGAGUGAAAGAAGAGUUAUUUACAAAACAUGAACGUUUCUAACAUAAAAUAAAUUCCGGAUUUGAUUUUUCAGUCAAAUUUUUGACUUUUCAAAAAAAGAUUUUUCAGUUUGAGUGAAAAUAAUUUGACUGAUUAUUUUGAAAACCACUAUUUUUCCAGAAAUCUGCCUCUGAACAAUUUCCAAUUCCUUGCAAUUUCUUUCUCUGGAAUGCUUGUCAUCUACCAUUCAAUGAUAAUUCAGUUGAUGUUAUUGUCACCGAUUUACCAUUUGGCAAAAAAUUAGGAUCAGUGAUGGAUAAUCGACUACUCUACCCGAAAUUAUUAGAAGAAUGGAAACGGAUUCUGAAAAUUGGCGGGCGACUUGUUAUGAUGACACAUGACAAAAGAAGCAUAGAUUCAGCGAUUUUGAAAGAUCGAGAUGCUUGGCAAACCGAUUCAACGUAUAUUGUUAAUGUUGGAGGAUUAUCUUGUUUAUGCAUCCGGUUAUCAAAAAUUUGA